AUGGACAAAAUUGUUAAAAGUGUUAAAUCCUGGCGUCAUCCCAGGCCUGCUGAGGAGUUGUCCAGGAGUCAGUACUCGCUGGUGUCCACUGAUCUUACUGAUGGAGCUGUGCAAUUGUGGCUGGGUCUACCCGACGAAGUUAAAUAUGAUCCAGCUCUAGAACAGUUUCGGCAGCACUAUGAGAAGGAGCAUGGAGGCAAUGGCGUGCCCCGUAAAACCAAGAACGGCUCCACGAAACGCCUCCCCCUGGUCAACUCAGCACCUCAUCUCAAUAACAACCUGCAACUUCCAAGGGAUGAGGUCGUAUUCCUUAAUACCAACAAUAAGUGUCCUUCUAUUGAUGAAAAGAAGGAGAAGAUACUUGAAGAAGUUCCCGAACCGAAGAAGCCUACAAAGACCGCUCGAGCUGGACACUUGGUGAAGAUGACAAUGCUGGUAGCCUGUUGGAUGUUCUUUACCAUCGUCUUCCUCAUGUACAAUGAGAAGGAGGAAGUCACCAGGCAUUCUUCUGUGGCACCUGGAGAAAUUAAGAGUUAUCCUCUACACACGGCACAGGACCUCCUGUCAGUAUCUCUAAAGCUUACAGGACCUUUUGUAUCAGAACAAAAUGAGAAAAAAUUCAAUUCCAGUCAACUUAUGUCCAUGGGCAAAAUGGAAGUUUGGGUUGAAAGUGCUCCAACUGCUUCGAAGAACGAAAUUAAUCGGUCUCCUCGCUGGACAAUCAUAUUGGAUCCAGAAGAUGAAAUAGACUUCACGGAAGGUGAAACGAGAAUCACAGUUCUCAAAAUGGAUGAGAGUUCUGGACCAAACGCGAGUUAUUUUUUGAAAAUGAAGACCAAUGUGAAUACAACGACCCCCUUCGCGUUAAGUUAUACAAUGGACCCCCUGGAUAUCUCUACUGGGGUCAUCUACGCGUGUGUACUACUGGGAGCCCUGUAUGUGCUCAUUAUUUUUGAGAUUAUAAACAGGACGAUGGCAGCAGUUCUGAUCUCCACUACAUCAUUAGCAGCUUUAUCCAUAGCUGGUGAAAGGCCCACAUUACCUGAGCUGAUCUCCUGGUUAGACGUGGAGACUCUACUCCUACUCUUCAGUAUGAUGCUGCUGGUCGCCAUCAUGGCGGAAACUGGACUAUUCGACUUUUUAGCUGUUUUCACUUUUGAGGUCACUAAAGGCAAGAUCUGGCCAUUGAUAACUCUGCUAAGUGCGAUCACAGCAAUCAUAUCCACAUUUCUGGACAACGUGACGACCGUACUGCUUAUGACACCAGUCACAAUUAGAUUAUGUGAAGUCAUGGAUUUGGACCCCAUACCAGUGCUCAUGUCAAUGGUGUUGUUCAGUAAUAUUGGCGGCACUGUGACUCCGGUCGGUGACCCCCCGAAUGUCAUCAUCGCGUCCAAUAAAGCUGUCGUUCAGUCUGGUAUAAACUUCACCAACUUCACGCUGCAUAUGACCUUCGGUAUUCUGCUGGUGUGCGUGCAGACAUACUUCCAAUUCAGGUUCAUCUACAGAGACACUGACAAACUGAGGCUUAAUGAGCCCCGGGAUAUUCAAGAUCUCCGUCAUCAGAUUUCAAUAUGGCGGCGAGCAGCUGAUUCUCUUCCUCAUCUAAGCAGAGAUGAGCUGGUGGUCAGGGAACGGCUGGAUCGCAAAGUUCGGAAGCUGACAGGCAGGCUGGAGGCCUUGGUCAAGGAGACCAAGAUCAGAGCCUGUCCUAAGGAGUGCUUCGAGACCAUGCUGGCUGAUAUGAAGGAUAAGUACAAGAUCCGAGACAAAGUAUUACUGGUGAAGUGUACAGUGGCCAUCGCAUUUGUAGUCACCGUGUUCUUCCUGCAUUCACUGCCCGAGUUCAACCGAGUGUCCCUGGGCUGGACGGCGCUGCUGGGCGCGCUGCUGCUGCUGACGCUGGCAGACCGCGAGGACCUGGAGCCCAUACUGCACAGGAUCGAGUGGUCCACGCUGCUCUUCUUCGCCGCGCUGUUCGUACUCAUGGAGGCCUUGUCGAAGUUGGGUCUCAUCGAGUACAUCGGAGGGUUGACAGAGAGUCUCAUCCUGAAAGUGGAUGGGAAUGCGAGAUUAGCAGUAGCUAUUCUACUUAUGUUAUGGGUCUCCGGAGUAACUUCAGCCUUCGUGGACAAUAUACCGCUGACCACCAUGAUGGUACGAGUGGUGACGUCAUUGGGUAACAACCCCACCCUCAACCUGCCCAUGGCUCCCUUAAUAUGGGCGCUGUCAUUUGGCGCCUGUUUAGGAGGUAACGGCACUUUAAUCGGCGCCAGCGCAAAUGUAGUAUGCGCGGGAGUGGCUGAGCAACAUGGUUAUCGAUUCACCUUCCUACAAUUUUUCAAAAUAGGGUUUCCUAUCAUGAUAGGCCAUUUAAUAGUAGCUUCAGGCUAUUUAAUGUUAUGCCACUGUGUCUUCCAAUGGCAUUAG